ACGGGUGGGGGGAAAAGGGGGUCACGUCACGUGUGUUUUGAAAAGUUUAGCACCGUGGAUGGAGAGAUGUUGGGGGACCAUUGCUUCUGAAUGCGAUUUUUUAAACAAAACAAGGUAAACAUCGCAACAUACAACAGUUUGGAGACAUCCCCUACAAACCCACAGCCAACCGCUUUUUAUUACAUUUAGCGGUUUUAGCCGACUGGUGCUAACCUUAGCUCGUCCCAGCGCCGUUCCCACUUUCGCAUGUCGCAUUGACGUUUUCGGGUUUAACUUGAGGCGCCGUUUGUGUGAGUGAAUAUAACGUUACAUAGUUCCAGUUCAGCCGUGUAGCUAGACGUGUGGUUAAAAAUGGUGUUUUUCACUUGUAAUGCUUGUGGUGAGUCCCUGAAGAAAGCACAGGUUGAUAAGCACGUGCAUAUGUGCCGGGGCUGCCAGGUCCUGUCCUGCAUCGACUGUGGAAAAGACUUCUGGGGGGAGGACUACAAAAACCACGUUAAAUGCAUUAGUGAAGAUCAAAAGUAUGGAGGUAAAGGCUAUGAGGCGAAGGCAAACAAAGGAGAUGUGAAGCAGCAACAGUGGAUCGAGAGAAUCCAGAACGCCAUAAAUAAACCCGGAGUCAGUGCAAAGCUGAAGGAUGUGCUCAGACAAGUCAGUGCGUAUGAUAACGUCCCAAGGAAGAAGGCCAAGUUUCAGAACUGGAUGAAAAACAGUCUGAGAAUUGCCAACUCGAAUCUUCAUGAAGAAGUGUGGGACAUUCUCAAUACAGCCACUGACAGUCCUCCCGAGGCUCCACAACAGACUAAAGAAGCCAAACAGACAGUAGCUGAAGUCAAAGUGAAUACUAAUGGAAAUGAGAAGCAGAACGGUCAGCCAGAUGUCGAGAAGAAGAAACUGAACAAACGGGAGCGUAAAGAGGCCCGUCAGCAGAAGAACGGGAAGGUUACUAAAGGAGCUGAAAAGACAGUUGCACAGGAACCAGAGGAGGUCCAGGCAGCUACAAAGAAGAAGAAGGACAAAAAGAGAAAGCACGAAAAUGAAGAGAACGGACACAGUGCCGAUGAUGAGACAUCCAGCAAAAGGACAAAGAUCAGCGAAACAGAGGAUGAUGACACACUCAUGUCACAGGAAGAUGAAGAUCCAGCUGUUUCCAAAGGGAAAUUCAACUGGAAAGGAAAUAUCAAAGCCGUACUGAAAGAUGCACCUGAACAGGAACUGGCAGUGAAAAAAAUCAGGAAGAAGAUUCUGGCAGCAUACUACUCAUUCACUGGUGAUGGAAAUUUUAAGUCAGAGGAGGAGGUGCUAGCGCUUUUCAACAAGAAGAUCACCAAAAAUCCCAAGUUUAGAGUUUUGAAAGACAGAGUUAAACUUGUAAACUAAACAUGUCUGUAUCACCCCUCUGGCAUGAAAUGUAUGUUAUUCUUAGACUUUUAAAUUGAAAAGUCACUUGUCUGCCAUAUUACCUUGGAUGUUUUUGUACAGAUGAGACAACAUUGAAGAUUAAAUAA